UUGUGCUUCAUUUCGCCUGUAAUACAAAAGAGACGGCUGCUCUCCUCACAAAGUCAUCACAGGUCUCCGAGGAGGACGAAGACGACGACGGCUACAGUAAUUCCUAUAGAAGAAACGGACAUCAUGGACGGUCAAGACCCACCUCAAGACAAAGGGGACCCUUUCUUGCUCAACUAUAACUCUGCCGAUCUUCGAAUCGCUUCAGAAUUUCUAUUAAACUGGCUUCCUUUCCUCAGUAAAGAUCUCUGUCAACUAUGUUGUCAGACUCUUUCUGAUCGUGUCCGAUCCAUCAUCCCAGACCCAGAAUCUGAUGAAGCCACAGAACCCUUAAACAAAGAAUGUAUUUUCGCCGCUUCCACUUCAAACAACGAUGAUUUCAACUAUAAUGACAAUACGAAUUCUCUUGGAAGUUGGAAGGGUUCGGAAGAAGAAGAAAAGGUGGAAAUGAAUGAUUUGAGUUCUUUUCAAGCCAAAGAACCCACUUCAACUAAUGAGGAUUGGAGAUCUUUUGAAGCCAGAGAACCCCCCUUAAAGAAAGAACCCACUUCAAAUAAUAAGGAUUGGAGCUCUUUUGAAGCCAGUGAACAACCCCCCUUAAAGAAAGAACCCACUUCAAAUAAUAAGGAUAGGAGAUCUUUCGAAGCCAGUAAACAACCCCCCUUAAAGAAAGAACCCAUUUCAAAUAAUGAGGAUUCCAACUAUCUUAGCGAAGAUGACUUUGAAGUUGAUGAUGAUGAAGAAGAAGUACACAGAGAGGUGGUUAAAAGACAAUCACGAUCAGGUGAGGCAACAAUGACAGUGAGAGUGCUGCAGAACGCCCAUUUGUCCAAGGAGGAGAAGAAGCAUAAUCGGUUCAGCAAUGUGAAGAGAGAAAUGGAUUACAUAUGUCUGGAGAGAGUUGAAGGCAGGAUAGUUAACAUCAUUAGUGGGCUGGAACUUCACACUGGCGUUUUCAGUGCUGCAGAGCAGACAAAGAUUGUUGAUUUUGUAUAUCAGCUUCAAGAAAUGGGAAAAAUAUCCAAAGCCGGACCACUGCACCGGCAGAGGCAAAAGAGACGCCUCACUCUUCAUUUUGGCUGUGUCUAUAACUAUGGUUUUGAUAAACGUGGGAAUCCUCCUGGAAUCCUUCGAGAUGUGAUUGUAGAUCCUUUGCCAAAAAUAUUUAAGACGAUGAUUAAGAGGCUGGUCAGAUGGCACGUUGUUCCUCCAACUUGCAUACCUGAUAGUUGCACUGUGCACGUGUACGAAGAGGGUGAUUCCAUACCACCUCACAUUGACAAUUACGAUUUUCUUAGACCUUUUUGCACGGUUUCGUUACUCAGUGAGUGCAGUAUGGUUUUCGGAUCAAACUUGACGUUUCUUGGAGCUGGUGAUUACAGUGGUUCCCAUGAAAUUUCCCUGCCUGUCGGAUCUGUUGUGGUUUUGAAUGGAAACUCAGCCGAUGUUUCCAAGCAUUUCAUGCCGGCUGUUCCAGCUAAGAGGAUAUCAAUAACAUUUCGAAAAAUGGAUGAAUCUAAAUGGCCUACUGCAUACAAUCCAGAACCAGAUCUACAAGGAAUUCAGCCACUCGGUUAUGCAAACAACAAAACAAGAUGGCAGAAAAAUCCAAGGCCGGUUGACAAACAGCAGGCAGCAAGGAGAGUAGGUGGAGGUAAUAGAGAAGGAUCAUACGCGAGAGAGAAUCUAGGCGGAGGUAAUAGAGAAGGAUCAUACGCGAGAGAGAAUCUAGGCGGAGGUAAUAGAGAAGGAUCAUACGCAAGAGAGAAUCUAGGCGGAGGUAAUAGAGAAGGAUCAUACGCGAGAGAGAAUGUAGGCGGAGGUAAUAGAGAAGGAUCAUACGCGAGAGAGAAUGUAGGCCGUCCUGGCUCGCUUCAGAUUCACCGAGGGCCUGAUAAUACGCGAAGGGUGAGGGUUAAUCCAGACAGAUAUGAUUGAUCGGCUUGGAUUGAUUUCUUCUUAGGCAAGAAAAUUUCUUGCUUAGCUUUUUCUUAUGUGAUUUUUUUGGAGUUGAAUUUGGCAUGCAUGGUCUAUUGGUUUUGUGAAGCAUCAAUUGGUUAAUAUUUUUAUGAACAUUUGAUUGUUGUAAUUUGUUUGAUCGAAAAUUGGAUAAACCAUUUUAUUAG